UUUUUCAAAAUAGUAGAGUAAAGAACAGAUUGGAAACUGGUUUAUUAAAAGGCAUUUUGCUGGGAGACAGUGGUUACCCUCAAUCAUCCUACUUAUAUACUCCAGCACCAGAGCCUGUACUUCCACAGCGACCUAAUCCGAAUACAAUAAGCUAUAACAUGGAUCUGCAAAAUUAUCGUAAUGAAUUGAGACAUUAUUAUUGUCAAACACGCUACAAUCGUGCUCAUAAAAAAUAUCGAAGAAAUGGAAAAAACAAUACAAAAUCUCAACGAUGCAUUGAUAUCAAGCCAUGAAUUAAACAGUCCAAUAAGAUUCAUCAGUCAGCUGAAACUACUGGCCACAAGACAGUUAGCGGAAGAGUGUGACGAAACAAUACAGAGCUGUUUUUCAUUAUUUCAAUGUUCGCCGUUAUCCCCUACUAUGUGUGAAGACACGAACAUGCCACCGUCUUCAAUUGACUCUCAGGUUGUUGAUGAAAUCGAUGGCCCGCUGUAUUUCAACAGACCUUCAACACCGACUUAUGCAGUGCAAGCAACAUCCAAAGUGAAUCGUAAAUUAUUUUUAUGA